AUCAGUUAUAAAUAUAUAAAUAAGAAAAUAAAAACAUGACUGCUUUAAGACUUCCACCUCUUCCAACUAUAAAAGAAGUGUUGAAAAUAUAUAAAUUGAGAGCAAUAAAACAGCUUUCACAAAACUUUAUUUUUGAUCAAAACUUAACAGAUAAAAUAAUUAGGAAAACAGGAAAUCUUGCUGAUUGUUAUGCAUUAGAAAUUGGUCCUGGACCUGGUGGAUUAACAAGAUCAAUAUUAAAACAACAUCCAAAAAAAUUAACUGUUAUAGAAAAGGAUGAAAGAUUUAAACCUAUGUUAGAUAUGCUAAUAGAUUCCUAUGCAGCAGUUAAUGGUGAAAUGGAAGUUAUAUAUAAUGAUAUUAUGAAGGUAGACAUGAGUGAUCUUUUUCCUACAAGUGUAAAGACAGCUUGGGAAGACCGUAGCCCUAAAAUCAGAUUAAUUGGUAAUUUACCGUUCAAUGUUUCAACACCUCUAAUAAUAAAAUGGCUUCAUGCAAUUAGCGAAAAAAGAGGUCCUUGGGCAUUUGGAAGAACUAGAAUGACUUUAACAUUUCAAAAAGAAGUUGCCGAACGUAUAAUAGCCGAACCAAGUAAUAUACAAAGAUGUAGAUUAUCCGUAAUGGCACAAGCUUGGACGCGUCCAGUACUGCAUUUCAUCAUACCAGGUAGAGCUUUUAUUCCCAAACCGGAUGUUGAUGUUGGUCUUGUAUCAUUUGUUCCUUUAGUGACUCCGCGUACACGACAUGAAUUUAAAAUUUUUGAAAAAGUAAACCGACAUAUUUUUAGUUUCCGUCAAAAAUACUCUAUACGAGGAAUUGAAACAUUGUUUCCUGUGGAAUAUCGAACUGAAUUAGGACAGAUGAUGUAUAAACUUAGUGAUUUGGAUCCACAACUAAGAUCAGUACAACUUACUGUAGAAGAUAUUGAUAAACUUGUUACCGCAUAUAAAUACUUACUAGAAAAAUAUCCAGAUAUUAGGAUGUACGAAUAUCGUGCAUCUCGGCGAAUUGUAUCAUUAUCUAAAAUGAAAGACCUAAAAGUUAUAGAUUAUGUUGAAGAUAUAAAUGUAGAAGAUACACAAGCUAUACCUGAAAUAAUAAAUUAAA